AUGCGCGGCCUAUCGCAAGAAGAUGCCGCAAGCAUUAUCGCCAUCGAGCGGGCGUGUUCUGCCCUCUCGUUGGUGGGUUGCGUCUUCGUCUUGGUGACCUUCUCCCUCUCCGAUGCCUUCCGCCAGCGUGCCAUCAACCGCCUCGUGUUUUACGCAACGUUCGGCAACAUGCUUACCAACGUUGCGACUCUGAUGACGACAAGUUACACACACAACGUUGAUUCCUUUGGCUGUCAACUACAAGGGUUUUUGAUUCAAGUAUUCAUGCAGGGUGACGCUUAUUGGGCCCUAGCCAUGGCCAUCAAUGUUUAUCUCACAUUCUACCACAAGUAUGACGCGAGAAUGCUGAGGAAGAUGGAGAUUCCGUAUCUGUUCUGCUGCUACGGAAUCCCCUUCAUCCCAGGGCUCACCUUCAUCUUCGUCUCGAACCAACAGGCGGGCAGGCCAUAUGGCGACGCUGUGUUGUGGUGCUGGCUGAAGUCGGAAUGGGAGGUCUACCGCAUUGCCACUUUUUAUGGUCCCAUUUGGGUGGCCAUCAUCGCCGCCAUGAUCAUCUACAUCCGCGCAGGCCGCGAGAUCUACCGCAAACGCCAGAAGAUGCUGAACUUCAGCUCUACCGGUACUGGCACCGCCAUCGGCAACGACACAUUCUCCCCAGAGUUCUCCUCAGCCUUCAACUACAAAACCACGGAAGUCACCCAAACCACCGAGAUCAUCCCAGCACCCGCCGCCACCGCAAAACCAGGCUCCAUCCGCCCCAACCAGGACCCAUCCUACUCGGUCACCAUCUCGGCCGACACCCAGGCCGCCAACCAACUAAACAUGCGCGCCUCCCUCGAAGACACCAUCGAUAACGACGCGGCCACCGGCACAGCAACCCUCACCAACAACACCACCACCACCAUCAACAACAACAACCACCCCAAACGCACCCGCGUCCUCUCCGCCACGCAAAUCUCCAUCGCCCCCACCGUCACCGCCACCAUCACCACCACCUGCCACCCCCACCCUGCCGGGGGAAACAACAACAACAACCCCAACAACACCAACGGCGGAAACAACACCGCCGACGCCCGCGCCCGCCGCCGCAACUACUACGAGUCGCACAACGCGACCUGGUCCUACACCAAGUGCGCCAUCCUCUUCUUCUCGGCCCUGCUCGUCACCUGGAUCCCGUCCUCGGGCAACCGCGUCUACAGCCUGCUGCGCGGCGGCGACGUGUCGCGCCCGCUCUUCUUCGCCAGCGCCUUCGUCCUGCCGCUGCAGGGGUUCUGGAACGCCAUCAUCUACGUGGUUACCUCGUGGGCGGCCUGGCGCGGGCUCUGGCGGGGGGGUGUGGCGGCGGUGGGGGAGUGGAAGGAGAGGGAGAGUGAGAGUACGAGUAUGGAGGACUUGACUGCGGAGGGGAGGGUCGAAGGGGGGUCGGCUGUGUGA